AAAAGCUGUGUCCAAUAUACUGUACAUGUAAACGAAACCUAUCAGCUUGGAUAUACUCGAGAGAAUAACAGCGCAGACAUCUAUCUUUUUGAAUUUGUCGACGGGCUAGAAGUCUCCUAUCCUGUAUCUGUAAAUUCAUCUAACGAAAUCCCGGAGCAUCUUCCUCCAUUAUUUACUGAGCCCGGAUACUCUGAACAACUUAUGGCUCUCGCUACUAAUGCACUAGAGAGCCUUGCGAUGCGCAUAGACCAAUGGCUUCGUGCCUGUCAGGAGGUCAUCGAUACGGACUUCGUCUGGCGAUCAUUGACCGCGCACAGAACUUCCUCUUCAUUAAGGCGACAAAUAUUCACUCUUCUAACCACCUUAGUUCCAGAUGCAGAGUUGUCCGAAGGUUUUGAUUGCACAUCACCCGAUGUUGACAGGCUCCUGUACAGAUUGAUAUGCCAAUUGAGCAGUGACCCCCACUUGGCCCAGACUGCCUUUGAUGUAGAUAAGGAUACGCCCAAGAAUUCAGUACCUCUGAUUUCCCUUUGCCACGAACCUGAACACUGUCUGCGAACACUUCGGGAAAUGGUUAUCACGCUUCUUCAUCUGUUGUUACCCAAGUUAGAAUUGCCGGGCUCUUUUGACAUUGAGAAGGACCUACCGCAUCUGAUAGAUGCUGUUUAUUCAUACAAUCCACAGGUCUGCGAUCUCGAUUGA